AUGUCAGUAUCUGGGCAGCCAGCAAUUAAAGACGAAAUGUCUUUUAGUGAUAUCAAACCUAUUAAACUAUUCGAGUAUCUGUCCCAAGUUUCAAAAAUAAUAUGGGACGUUAAUUCCAAUAAUAUUUUACAAUCAUCAUCGCAAAUCAUUGAUUUAAUCAAAACUAACAAAAUAUCCGGCCAAACAGCACUCCGAAUCAUUGAUACUUUUUCAACUAUGCUUGUUAAAAAAAUUGGAUUAUUUGCUGAACUUUACAAAAAUAUUACAGACCAAUUUUCAUAUAAUAUGAAACCAAAUAGUUUAUUAUAUCGAUUAUUAGAUCGUGAAGUCAAAUCUUGGGAGACUGAACAAAUUCUCAACGUUUAUCCAAAAGAAUCUCCUUUAUACUACAUUGCAUGGGACAAAGUUGAUGAUCUUAAAAGUAAAUUCCCAAAUCUUGAUGUUAAUAUGGAAUCACGUCACGAAUUAACUCCACUUGAUUGCGCAAUUAGAUUCGGAUCUGAGCUUUGUUUCGUUUAUUUGAAGAAUAAAGGAGCCAAAUAUACAAAAUAUUCUGAAAAAUAUGCUGUUCAAGGCGGAAAUCAAAAUAUCUUUAUGCAAAUGAUUGAAGAUGGUAAAUCAUUUGAUCACAUGAUCAGUUCGAGAAAUGCAUCACUAAAUAUUUGA